ACAAACAGUUCUCUCAGCUGACUCGCACAUCAGCCACUCAGAAGACCAUCUCCCAGACGCAAUUAUCAAUAUAUCUGCCUGGGAUCAGGGUUCCAAUCAGAUGCAUUGAGCGAUCCCUAAUGUGUUUCCCAGCACUGGCAGAAAUAGGACAGACGUUAUUUUUAUUUUCUUCAGUAUGAAAUAGAGCAGGUUGUGCUUUAAACAUGAACCAGGAAUUGGAUUUUAUGUUUGUUAAAUAUGCACGGGUCUGGAUCCCAGAUGUAGAAGAAGUGUGGAAGUCAGCAGAGCUCACCAAGGACUACAGACAUGGAGAUGGAGUACUGCAGCUACAACUGGAGGAUGGAAAGGAACUGGAGUACAAAUUGGACCCCAAGACAAACAACUUACCACAUCUCCGUAACCCAGAUAUCCUGGUGGGAGAAAAUGACCUGACUGCUCUCAGUUACCUUCACGAGCCCGCUGUGUUACACAAUCUGAAAGUGCGCUUCAUGGAUUCCAAACUCAUCUACACAUACUGUGGUAUUGUUCUAGUCGCUAUAAACCCAUAUGAGACGCUGCCCAUCUAUGGAACGGACAUCAUUAACGCAUACAGUGGGCAGAAUAUGGGUGACAUGGACCCUCACAUCUUCGCAGUGGCAGAAGAAGCUUACAAACAGAUGGCCAGGGAUGAGAGGAAUCAGUCCAUCAUUGUGAGUGGAGAAUCUGGAGCAGGGAAAACUGUUUCAGCCAAAUAUGCCAUGCGUUACUUUGCCACAGUCAGCGGCUCUGCCAGCGAAGCAAAUGUGGAAGAAAAAGUUCUGGCAUCCAACCCUAUCAUGGAGUCCAUCGGUAAUGCCAAGACCACCAGGAAUGACAAUAGCAGUCGUUUUGGGAAAUACAUUGAGAUAGGCUUUGAUAAGAAGUAUCACAUUAUCGGUGCGAACAUGAGGACAUAUCUCUUGGAGAAAUCACGUGUUGUAUUUCAGGCAGAUGAGGAGAGGAAUUAUCAUAUCUUCUAUCAGCUCUGUGCAUCUGGUCACCUCCCGGAGUUCAAAGCCCUGAAACUCGGAAAGGCUGAUGAUUUUCACUAUACCAAACAGGGCAGGAACCCAGUGAUAGAUGGAAUAGAUGAUGCCAAGGAGAUGUCGACCACCAGAAACGCCUUCACACUGCUAGGUGUAAAUGAGUCCUAUCAGUUGGGCUUGUUUCAGAUUCUGGCUUCAAUUUUGCACCUGGGGAACGUUGAAGUGAAGGAUAGAGACUCGGACAGCAGUAUUAUUCCACCGAAUAACGGUCAUCUGAGUGUGUUUUGUGAAUUGAUGGGCGUGACAUAUCAAGAUAUGUCUCAUUGGCUGUGUCAUAAGAAGCUGAAGACGGCAACUGAGACGUACAUAAAGCCCAUCCCCAAACUACAGGCCAUAAACGCCCGUGAUGCUCUCGCCAAACAUAUCUACGCCAAACUCUUCAACUGGAUCGUGGACCAUGUGAACAAAGCGCUGCAUUCUUCGGUCAAACAGCACUCAUUCAUUGGAGUCCUAGACAUUUACGGGUUUGAGACUUUUGAAAUCAACAGUUUUGAACAGUUCUGUAUUAAUUAUGCCAAUGAGAAACUACAGCAACAGUUCAACAUGCAUGUGUUUAAGUUGGAGCAGGAAGAGUAUAUGAGAGAGCAGAUCCCCUGGACUCUCAUUGAUUUCUAUGAUAAUCAGCCAUGUAUCAACCUCAUCGAGGCCAAGAUGGGCAUCCUGGACCUGCUGGAUGAAGAGUGCAAGAUGCCGAAGGGUUCUGAUGACUCCUGGGCUCAAAAACUGUAUAACACUCAUUUGAAGACGUGUGCACUUUUUGAAAAACCACGGAUGUCCAAUAAAGCUUUCAUUAUUCAGCACUUUGCAGAUAAGGUGGAGUAUCAGUGUGAUGGUUUUCUGGAGAAGAAUAAAGACACAGUGAAUGAGGAGCAGAUACAUGUUCUGAAGGCCAGUAAGUUUGACCUGCUGGUGGAGCUGUUCCAGGAUGAGGAGAAAGCUAGAAGUCCGACUGGUGCUGUUCCUGCUACUGGAGGACGCACUCGCCUCAGCGUCAAACCAGACAAGAACAAAGGAGGCCAAGCCAGCAAGGAACACAAGAAGACAGUUGGACUGCAGUUCCGUAACUCUCUGCAGCUGCUGAUGGAGACACUGAAUGCGACUACACCACAUUACGUUCGCUGCAUCAAACCCAACGAUUAUAAAUAUGGCUUCACGUUUGACCCUAAGAGGGCAGUGCAGCAACUGCGUGCAUGUGGAGUUUUGGAAACAAUCCGCAUCUCUGCAGCUGGUUUCCCAUCUAGAUGGACGUAUCAAGAGUUCUUUAGCAGGUAUCGUGUCCUGAUGAAACAAAAAGAUGUUUUGACAGACAGGAAGAUGACCUGUAAGAAUGUUCUGGAGAAACUGGUGCAGGACCAAGAUAAGUACCAGUUCGGCAAGACCAAGAUCUUUUUCCGCGCAGGGCAGGUUGCGUAUCUGGAGAAACUGCGUGCAGAUAAGCUGCGUGCUGCCUGCAUCCGCAUACAGAAGACCAUACGCUGCUGGCUGGCGCGCAAGAAGUACCUGCGCAUGAAACAUGCUGCCACAACCAUCCAGAGAUACGUCCGUGGAUACCAGGCCCGCUGUCUUGCAAAGUUCCUGCGACGCACACGUGCUGCGAUCGUCAUUCAGAAGUACCAGCGCAUGUAUGUCCAGAGAACAUGCUACAAACGCAAGCAGGCUGCCGCUCUGGUCAUGCAGUGCAUCCUCAGGGCAUACAUGGCCAGACAGCUGUACAAAGCGCUUCUGCGUGAGCACAAGACCAUCAUCAUUCAGAAGAUGGUACGUGGCUGGUUGGCCCGGCAGUGGUACAAGCGGACACUCAAAGCCAUCGUUUACCUGCAGUGCUGCAUCCGCCGCAUGCGAGCCAAGCGAGAACUCAAGAAACUCAAGAUCGAGGCACGUUCGGUGGAACACUUCAAGAAACUCAACAUUGGCAUGGAGAACAAGAUCAUGCAACUGCAGCGCAGGAUAGACGACCAGAACAAGGAUAACCGUGCUCUCAGCGAGCGUUUGAACAGUCUAGAGAACAGCCAUGCUGCGGAGUCCGAGCGUCUGCGCGUGGAAUUGACGCGUCUGCGAGGGGCAGAAGAGGACGCCAAAAACAACGCCAACAAAGUUACAUCUCUUCUGGAGGAGCUGGAGCGACUCCGCAAAGACCUGCAGAACACACAGAAGGAGAAGAAAGCCAUUGAGGACUGGGCAAAAACCUACCAGGAGGAGAUGGAAAAGAUGAUCUCAGAACUAAAGGAGCAAAACCACCUGCUGAAGAACGAGAAAAACGACCUGAACCGACUGAUCCAGGAACAGGGCCAGCAGUGGACAGAGAAAAUGCAGAGGGCCCUAAAGGAGGAAACCCAGCAGUUAGAAUACGAUUUAAACGAGGAACGGUCUCGCUACCAGAAUCUUCUUACCGAACACCUCCGACUAGAGGAGAAAUACGACGAUUUGAAAGAGGAGAUCACAUUUGCUGUAAAUGUUCCAAAACCUGGUCACAGGCGCACAGACUCCACGCACAGCAGCAACGAAUCAGAAUACACCUACAAUUCAGAGUUUGCAGAGUCAGAGGAAGGCACCCGCGGAGGGGAGGUGAGAGCAGAAUGUGGAAUAUCAAGAUCAUUCACAAUACUCAGUCAGAAGAGAGUAUCCGAACUAGAGCAAGAAAAACAAUCACUGCAGAACGAACUCGAUCGGAGGGAAGAGCAGUUUCAGCGGGCUAGAGCUAGGGACGAUGAGGAACAUAAGAAAGCACAAACACACAAACAGGAAUAUGAAUCUCUCAAGCGACAGGAGUUGGAGUCAGAGAAUAAGAAGCUCAAACAUGAUUUGAAUGAGAUGCGUCAGUCUCUGAGAGGCAGUGCUGAGGCCGGUUCUGCCGCUCCGGGUUCUCCAGCGUACACGGUCCUGCUGGAUCAGCUGAACGCCUCCAACGAGGAGCUGGAGGUGCGGAAGGAGGAGGUGCUCAUCCUGCGCUCUCAACUCGUCAGUCAGAGAGAGGCCAUGCAACAUAAGGAUGAGAAGGAGACCAUGACUGAACCUUUGCCGUACAUUGAGGAUGUGCAGAAGCUUACUGAUGCCAAGGAAAUCUCCCAGGCCUACAUGGGCCUUAAAGAGACCAACAGAUCCCCAUUCCCUGACUACCAUAAGCUGAAUGAGGAUGGAGAACUGUGGCUGGUUUAUGAAGGGUUAAAGGAAACAAACAGGUUGUUGGAGUCUCAGUUGCAGGCUCAGCGUCGGUCUCAUGAGAACGAGGUGGAGGUUUUGCGUGGAGAAUUGCAGAGUGUCAAAGAGGAGAAUAACCGUCAGCAGCAGCUGUUAGCUCAGAACCUGCAGCUUCCUCCAGAGGCUCGAAUCGAGGCCAGUCUACAGCACGAGAUCACGCGCCUCACCAACGAGAACCUGAUGUUUCAUUCACAGGAGCUUCACUCUGAUGAUCCAAAGGAGUAUAAAGCCUACAGAAUCAGCAUGUUACGCAGGAUGGUUGAUCUUAUGGAGCAACUGGAGAAACAGGACAAGACCGUCCGCAAACUGAAGAAACAGCUCAAAGUCUUCGCAAAGAAGAUCAAUGACCUGGAAGGUGGCCAGAUGGACGUGUCUCCAGGACAGACGACCGACGAGCCUGUUCAUCCAGUGAACAUUCCACGCAGGGAGAAAGAUUUCCAGGGAAUGCUGGAAUACAAGAAGGAGGAUGAACUCAAACUGGUCAAAAACCUCAUACUUGAACUAAAUCAACGAUGACCAGAAAUUAAUAUAACAACACACCUCCAUCAACAACACCACCAAAAGUGUCUGCGUCAUGCCGACUAUAUUAAUGAUGACCAGAAAGUCCGAUCUCUACUCACCUCCAUCAUCAACAGCAUCAAGAAGAUCCUCAAGAAAAGAGGUGACGACUUUGAGACUGUUUCCUUCUGGUUGUCCAACACAUGUCGUUUCCUGCACUGCCUGAAACAGUACAGUGGCGACGAGCAAUUCAUGAAGCAUAACACUUCUAAACAGAACGAUCACUGUCUCUCCAACUUUGACCUGGCCGAGUACCGGCAGGUUCUGAGUGAUCUGGCCAUUCAGAUCUACCAGCAGCUCAUCAAGUGUAUGGAGAACAUCCUGCAGCCCAUGAUCGUCUCUGGCAUGCUGGAACAUGAAACCAUCCAGGGCGUGUCUGGGGUGAAGCCAACAGGUCUGCGUAAGAGGACGUCCAGUAUCGCUGAUGAGGGGACAUACACAUUGGACUCCAUCAUCCGGCAGCUCAACUCCUUCCACUCCAUCAUGUGUCAGCACGGAACCGACCCAGAGCUCAUCAAACAGGUGGUCAAGCAGCAGUUCUACAUCAUCGGCGCUGUCACCCUUAACAACCUGCUGCUGCGUAAAGACAUGUGCUCCUGGAGCAAGGGCAUGCAGAUCAGGUAUAACGUGAGUCAGCUGGAGGAGUGGCUGAGAGAUAAGAACCUCAUGACAUGCGGUGCGAAAGAGACGCUGGAGCCAUUGAUUCAGGCCGCACAACUACUGCAGGUCAAGAAGAAAACUGAUGAGGAUGCUGAGGCCAUCUGCUCCAUGUGUAACAGUCUCUCUACAGCACAGAUUGUGAAGGUGCUGAACUUGUAUACGCCUGUCAACGCGUUUGAAGAGCGUGUGUCAGUACUGUUCAUAAGAACAAUACAGACACGUUUACGGGAUCGAAAGGAGUCGCCUCAGCUGCUGAUGGACACCAAAGUCAUCUACCCCGUGACCUUCCCCUUUAACCCCUCCUCCCUGGCCCUGGAAACCAUUCAGAUACCCAGCAGCCUCAAUGUGGGCUUCCUCACUCGUGUGUAGACCCGUCAAUCACCUCAUCUCAACCAAUCACACGGCAGCAACAGGGAGCCAAAAUAUAUAAAUAAAUAAAAAAUGAUGAUUAUAGGUAAAUAAGCCACGCACUUAAAGAGAAUGCAAUUUAGAUCUUUUUUCACUUCUUCAUCACAUUUAUUUAUUUAAUAAAAGAGUGAAUCUCACAAAACCUGUCAAGCAAGUUUUCAGAUCACAAUUGACCCUAAAAUCAAAAGAAACACAUAAGAAACUAUAUUUUGUUUAAAGAAAAUGAAGCUCAUCUUUAGGAUCAUUAUUAUUUUGACAAUAUGUUAUUUUAAUAGCAAUUAAGCACUUUCCCCAAAAAUUCUUAUUACUGAAAUACAAAAAAAUAGAUAAAUAAAUAAAUAAAUCUUAUUAUUGUAAUGUGUAAACAAAAUAUUAUAUACAUUGUAAAGUAUUUACUAACAUAUGCUGAUUAAAAUAGUAAUUGAAAUUCACUUGAGUUCAGUAAUUAAUUUUUAAUUAAUACCAUGCUUUUUUUUAUGAAUAAAAAUUAAGAUAUUAUUAAUGAGAAUUAACACUGAGAAUAGUCAAUAACAGAAAUGCUCAAAACUCUGAAAAGACUUGUUCUUCAUUUGCUUCAUGGAAAAUAUAUUCUUAUAAUAUUUUCUUUUGAUUGCGGGACCUGGAUAUUUUUUGUGAGAUUCACCUCUUAAACUGGAAUAUUUCUGGAAGAUGUUUCACUUUUUGAAUGUUACGAAAGGAACGAUAAAGGUCAAAUUAACUCAUUCUAACACUAAUGCCUUUUCAGAUCACAACCAGAAUAAGUUCACGGGGCUGUAUAAUCGUACACAUAUAUAAAUACCUAUAAAUAUGUAUGAUGCUAGGAUAUUUUAUUUAUUGCUUUACCCUGUCAGAUUUUAUUUUUUUUCUCUCAGAUGCUAGCUAACAUGGAUAUCCAGUUGUAGAACAUAAUUUAGUCCUCUGCACUCAUCCAUAUCAGAUUUAUAACUUAGAAUCAUUAAAAAAAAAAAAAGACCUUGGAGCUCAGCUGACUUCAUUAACGUAGGUGUUUAUUUGUUAGUAGCGUGUGGUGAUGUUGAUUAGGUAAUAAGUAGUCAUGUCUGGUGCAAC